GGCCGGGCGAGCGAGCGGAGGGGUGGAUGGGGGAAAGGUGGCGGUGGUUGCGGUGAAGCGGCAGCGGCUGGCAUGGAGGGCAGCGCCCGCUCCCGCGGCGGCGCAGCGGGGCAAGUGGUCUGCUAGGGACCGGCGAGGGGGAAAUCUCCGCGGGCGCCCUUCGCCGCCUUCUUCCACCCCCCCUGCCGCUCCUUCCCCGCCACCUCCCCCGCCCGCCUGGAAGCAUGAACUGGCAGCAGAGGUGCUGCUCCUCGCCGCCGCCUCCCCGCCGGUGAGAGCGAGGAGGGAAGGAAGAUGGGGGCCGUCCUGCGCAGCCUACUUGCCUGCAGUUUUUGUUCCCUGAUGAGAGCUGCCCCACUGUUGCUGUAUGCAAACCGACGUGAUCUGCGACUGGUGGAUGCUGCAAACGGGAAGGAGAACGCCACAGUGAUUGUAGGUGGCUUAGAGGAUGCAGCAGCAGUGGACUUCGUGUUCGUCAAGGGAUUGAUAUACUGGAGUGAUGUAAGUGAAGAAGCCAUUAAACGAACAGAAUUCAAUAAAUCCGGGAGUGUACAGAAUGUGGUCAUUUCUGGACUGCUGUCACCUGAUGGUCUGGCAUGUGACUGGCUGGGAGAGAAGUUAUACUGGACAGAUUCUGAAACAAAUCGGAUUGAAGUUUCUAAUUUAGAUGGAUCACUGAGAAAAGUUUUGUUUUGGCAAGAGUUGGACCAACCCAGAGCAAUUGCCUUAGAUCCUGCAAGAGGGUUCAUGUAUUGGACAGACUGGGGAGAAGUGCCAAAGAUAGAACGUGCUGGGAUGGAUGGUUCAAGCCGCUCCGUUAUAGUUAACACGGACAUAUAUUGGCCAAAUGGACUGACGUUGGAUUAUGAGGAACAGAAACUUUAUUGGGCAGACGCUAAACUGAAUUUCAUCCACAAAUCAAAUCUGGAUGGAAGUCAUAGGCAAGCAGUGGUUAAAGGCUCCCUUCCACAUCCUUUUGCUUUGACGCUGUUUGGGGACAUGUUGUACUGGACUGACUGGAACACACAUUCAAUCUUGGCCUGCAGCAAGUACUCUGGGGAGAACCUGCGUGAAAUACAUUCCAACAUCUUCUCUCCCAUGGAUAUCCACGCUUUCAGCCAAAAGAGGCAGCCAAAUGCUACAAACCCAUGUGGAAUUAAUAAUGGUGGCUGCUCCCACUUGUGUUUGAUGUCUCCUGCCAAGCCCUCUUAUCAGUGUGCAUGUCCCACUGGGGUGAAACUUCUUGAGAAUGGAAAGACCUGCAAAGAUGGUGCCACUGAACUGCUGCUUCUGGCCCGCCGGACAGAUUUGAGGCGAAUUUCCUUAGACACCCCGGAUUUUACAGACAUUGUUCUGCCACUUGAGGACAUCCGCCAUGCUAUUGCCAUUGACUUUGAUCCUCUGGAAGGAUACAUCUAUUGGACCGACGAUGAAGUUAGGGCCAUCCGCCGCUCGUUCAUUGACGGCUCAGGCAGUCAGUUUGUCGUCACAGCACAGAUCGCACAUCCGGAUGGCAUUGCUGUGGACUGGGUUGCUCGGAAUCUCUACUGGACUGACACUGGCACAGACCGUAUUGAAGUUACGAGGCUUAAUGGGACCAUGAGAAAAAUCUUGAUAUCCGAAGACCUGGAAGAACCCAGAGCUAUUGUUCUGGAUCCAAUGGUUGGGUACAUGUACUGGACUGACUGGGGAGAAAUCCCAAAGAUCGAGAGGGCAGCAUUAGAUGGCUCAGACCGAAUUGUGCUGGUGAAUACUUCGCUUGGCUGGCCAAAUGGACUGGCAUUGGAUUAUGCAGAAAGCAAAAUAUACUGGGGAGAUGCCAAAACAGACAAAAUAGAGGUCAUGAACGCUGAUGGAACUGGCAGAAGAGUUCUGGUGGAGGACAAGCUGCCUCACAUCUUUGGAUUCACAUUGCUGGGAGACUAUGUGUAUUGGACAGACUGGCAGAGGCGCAGUAUUGAACGCGUUCAUAAGCGCACAGCAGAGAGAGAGAUCAUCAUAGAUCAACUGCCUGAUCUAAUGGGCUUGAAAGCUACAAAUGUCCACCAGAUAAUUGGUACAAACCCUUGUGCAGAGGAUAACGGCGGCUGCAGCCAUCUUUGUCUGUACCGACCACAAGGCCUUCGCUGCGCUUGCCCCAUAGGCCUGGAGCUCAUCAAUGAUAUGAAGACCUGCAUCGUCCCAGAAGCCUUCCUGCUGUUUUCUCGGAGAGCAGAUAUCAGACGAAUCUCUUUAGAAACAAACAACAACAAUGUUGCUAUCCCACUCACUGGAGUCAAGGAAGCUUCUGCUCUGGAUUUUGAUGUGACGGACAAUCGGAUUUACUGGACUGACAUUUCACUGAAGACCAUCAGCAGAGCGUUUAUGAAUGGCAGCGCACUGGAACACGUCGUGGAGUUUGGCUUGGAUUAUCCAGAAGGCAUGGCUGUAGAUUGGCUGGGGAAGAACUUGUACUGGGCUGAUACCGGAACAAAUCGUAUAGAAGUGUCAAAACUGGAUGGACAACAUCGUCAAGUGCUGGUGUGGAAAGAUCUCGACAGUCCCCGGGCAUUGGCAUUGGACCCUGCUGAAGGGUUUAUGUACUGGACUGAAUGGGGUGGUAAGCCAAAGAUUGAUAGAGCUGCUAUGGAUGGCAGUGAGCGGAUGACAUUGGUACCAAAUGUGGGACGUGCUAAUGGCCUGACCAUUGAUUACGCUAAAAGGCGACUGUACUGGACUGACCUCGAUACCAACCUGAUAGAAUCCUCCAACAUGCUAGGCCUUGACCGUGAGAUUAUAGCUGAUGACUUGCCUCAUCCAUUCGGCUUGACUCAGUAUCAGGAUUACAUUUACUGGACAGACUGGAGUCGGCGUAGCAUUGAACGAGCCAACAAGACCAGUGGCCAGAACCGAACUAUCAUCCAAGGACAUCUGGAUUAUGUUAUGGACAUCCUGGUCUUCCAUUCCUCCAGACAGGCAGGCUGGAAUGAGUGCGCCUCUAGCAAUGGUCACUGCUCUCACCUGUGCUUAGCAGUCCCUGUUGGUGGUUUUGUCUGCGGCUGCCCAGCUCACUAUUCCUUGAAUUCUGACAACAGGACUUGUAGUGCUCCUACAACCUUUCUGUUGUUCAGUCAGAAGAAUGCAAUUAAUCGCAUGGUGAUAGAUGAGCAGCAGAGUCCAGAUAUCAUACUCCCUAUCCAUAGCCUCAGGAACGUUCGAGCCAUUGAUUAUGAUCCCCUGGAUAAGCAGUUGUACUGGAUUGAUUCUCGACAGAACAUCAUCCGGAAGGCACAGGAAGACGGCAGCCAGAGCCUCACUGUUGUGACAAGUCCAGUUCCAAAUCAGAACCUUGAUAUGCAGCCUUAUGACCUGAGCAUUGACAUCUACAGCCGGUAUAUCUACUGGACCUGUGAAGCUACAAAUGUGAUCAAUGUGACACGCCUGGAUGGGAGACCCAUGGGAGUAGUGCUCAAAGGAGAUCAAGAUAGACCCAGGGCCAUUGUGGUGAAUCCAGAGAAAGGAUACAUGUAUUUCACCAACCUACAGGAAAGGUCUCCUAAAAUUGAGCGAGCAGCAUUGGAUGGAACUGAACGAGAGGUCCUCUUUUUCAGUGGUUUGAGCAAGCCCAUAGCCUUAGCUAUUGACAGCCAGCUAGGCAAGUUGUUCUGGGCUGAUUCAGACCUGCGGAGAAUUGAAAGCAGUGACCUUUCAGGUGCUAACCGGAUUGUUCUGGAAGACUCUAAUAUCUUGCAGCCUGUGGGACUAACCGUGUUUGAAAACUGGCUGUAUUGGAUUGACAGGCAACAGCAGAUGAUUGAGAAGAUUGAUAUGACUGGUCGAGAAGGACGUACAAAGGUCCAAGCUCGUAUUGCACAACUCAGUGACAUCCAUGCUGUGAAAGAGCUCAACAUUCAGGAAUACAGACAACAUCCUUGCUCUCAAGAUAAUGGUGGCUGCUCGCACAUCUGCAUCGUGAAGGGCGACGGCACCACACGCUGCUCUUGCCCAGUCCACCUUGUUCUGCUGCAGGAUGAGCUGUCCUGUGGAGAACCACCAACGUGCUCCCCUCAGCAGUUCACCUGUUUCACAGGUGAGAUUGACUGCAUCCCCGUGGCCUGGCGCUGUGAUGGUUUCACUGAAUGCGAGGACCACAGUGAUGAAAAGAACUGCCCAGUGUGCUCAGACACCCAGUUCCAGUGUGAGAGUGGACAGUGCAUAGACAGUGUCCUCCGGUGCAAUGGAGAAGCAAAUUGCCAGGACAACUCGGAUGAGAAGAACUGUGAAGUGCUUUGUUUAACUGAUCAGUUCCGCUGUGCCAGUGGGCAGUGCAUCGGGAAAAGCAAGAAAUGUGAUCACAACCUGGACUGCAGUGACAGCUCAGAUGAGCAAGGAUGCUACACAACGGAGGAGCCUGCGCCACAGCCCAACAACACAAUAGGCUCCAUCAUCGGUGUGAUCCUCACAGUUUUUGUGGUUGGAGCCAUGUACUUCAUCUGCCAGAGAGUGCUGUGCCCACGCAUGAAGGGAGAUGGGGAAACUAUGACUAAUGAUUAUGUGGUGCAGGGACAAGCCUCUGUACCUCUUGGUUAUGUGCCUCACCCAAGCUCCUUGUCAGGGUCUCUUCCUGGGAUGUCUCGAGGUAAAUCUGUGAUCAGCUCCCUCAGCAUUAUGGGAGGUAGCAGCGGGCCACCCUAUGACAGGGCCCAUGUCACUGGAGCCUCUUCUAGUAGUUCUUCAAGUACCAAAGGCACUUACUUUCCUCCAAUUUUGAACCCACCACCAUCACCAGCUACCGAACGUUCACAUUACACCAUGGAAUUCGGUUAUUCUUCAAACAGCCCAUCCACUCAUAGAUCCUACAGCUACAGGCCUUACAGCUACAGGCAUUUCGCACCUCCCACGACGCCCUGCAGCACAGAUGUCUGUGACAGUGACUAUGCCCCCAGCCGAAGGGUGACGGCAGCGGCGGCCAAGGGCUACACCAGUGACUUGAACUACGACUCGGAGCCCGUUCCCCCGCCGCCCACACCACGCAGCCAGUACCUGUCGGCGGAGGAGAACUACGAGAGCUGCCCGCCUUCCCCCUACACGGAGCGCAGCUAUUCCCACCACCUCUACCCCCCGCCGCCGUCCCCCUGCACGGACUCCUCGUGAGGGGCGGCCUCCCCGCCCCCGAGAUCUUCCUCCGCCACCCCGAAAGUGUAAAUACAAAAUGUUCUACUGGGGAUGGGGGAGGGAGCUCUCGGCGAAGGAUGAGGUAGGACAGUGUACAGUUAAAUGUUAUUAAAUGGGGUGGAGGAGUACUGAAGAUAUUUGUACAGAAGAAAAGGAAAAAAAAAGGAUAUUUAUAUAUUUUCUUAAACAGCAACUGCUGCUUGUGCCAUAAGAAGAAAAAUUUUUGUAUAAAAGAACCCAGACGUUUGUACAAAAAGUUUUUAUUUUUGCAUAUGGAACACAAAAACAUGCCUUAAUCCAGUGAAGUGACCGAGCACAUAAGGAAAUGGAAGGACUGGGAUGUGUUACUUGUCCAGCGAGGUGAGAUGUGGGGUUUGUCAAUACCAAAAAUGUUUAAAGUAAUUAAUAAUGAAAGAAGUCCGUCUCAGAGCAGCAUACCAUAGAUACUUGGAAGUAGCCAAAUAACCUCUAUGUUAACCAUGGCGGGCCAGCAACUAAAGUUAAACUUGAAAACGCAGUCAGGACAAAUAUUUAACCUUACACAAAGGGCUUUGUCUUCUACAGGAAUACAGCAAUCGUAGCAGUGAAUCCAGAAAAAUAAUCACAUCCUUUUUUAGAUUAAUACACCUCUGUUUUUUUCCUUAAUGCAUUUGCCAAACUAGAGUGUUUAGAGCUCCCUCCUUGCUUCUGGAAUUUCAAUGGUUUCUUUUCUUGGGUAUAUUUUGAAGUUUGCUUUUUCUUGCUGUUUAGGUUUUCCCAUCUCUUCUGCAUCAUUUCUUCCUGCCUUUGUCAUUUUAAAUCAUGGUAUUCUUAUUUAAAGUACUGCUAGAACUUGGCUGCUGUUAGUUCCUUUUGGGGUUUUUUUGGUCCUCAUUAGCCUUGUCAUGCAGUUAGUAUCAUGCUAUACACGACCUUCCAACACGGUAGGAUUCUGUUUUGUACCAGGUCAGUACGAUUUUCACGUAAUUGACAAGGGUAAUAUGCAUAUACCUGAAUGAUUUUUAGUCCCUUAAAAAAAGAAAACCUUAUUUUGACCUAGUGCCCACAAAUUGUCAAAUAUUUUUAUACCACAUAUAAUAUAGACAGCAUAUUUAUAAACUAUAAAUUUAACCAUGGAUUGUUAGUUUUACUGUAAAUGAAUAAUAUAUCCUUGCAGUACUUUCAGUGUAUAUUGAUAUCACAGUAUACAAAUCAUAUAUAUAUAUAUAUAUAAAAUAUAUAUAUUAUUUUUUUCCUAGUAAGGAAGCAUUUAACUUUUCAGCGGAGCAACUGUCCAUUAGAAGAAAAAACCACAACAGAUGAUCAUUGGAAGGGAUUCUCAUGCUGUAUUAACUGCUCAUGAUUUCUUUGUGUUAGGUAAAGCCAGUCUUUUUCCCAGUAUGAUUUCAACAUACCUCCUCUUUUGCAUGGUGUGAGUUUAAUACUUUAGUAUUAACCGCUGUGAAUGUCAAACUUUUAAGAUGUUCUUAACCAAACCAUUUUAUAUUUGCAUCUCUAUUUUUGUAUAGUAUCAUAUUUAGCCCCUUCUCCCGUCAGCCUCACCGUGAUGAUUUUGACAGGGAGAGUAUAUAAUCAAGUGAAAACAUUAUUUGUGUAGGUUGAGGGGCAAUCUAGGAUAUUAUUAACUCCUCUUUGACUCCAGUGCAGCGUGUUGAAUUUGCUUUGACUGUAGCGGGGCUCACAGAAAACCCCAUCUUAGGUGGCAUUACACCUUUGCACCUUCUGUUGACAUCCAAUCCGUUGAAGAUGCUCAAUGCCUUCGAAGACUGGCCCUCUGAGUCUUCUCUCCAAAAACAAAGAUACAGAGCAGCUUCUGCUUCCUGGCCUUUGGGCACAGUGUGGAUGUAACAACUCUUCAGAGGUGCUGUUUGGGUUUUAUCAUUUUCUGUUGCUUGUUUCCCAGCCAGCUUCAAAUGUGGCAUGGACUUAAUUCGUGCUGUUGACAGAAAUUAGUGACAAGUAAUUCUUGCUAGUGCUGCCACUCAUCUGGAGUACUGGUUUCAGCUCCAAGGAGAACUGUGGCACUGGGGUUCCAGCUGUAACAAAGGGUCUUUCUAGUUGUCCAAGAUACCCGAGGAAACUUUAAAAAGCCUAGGUGGUCUCCAGGCUGUUGCAGUUGAUCUCUGGAUCUGGCAAUACUAAGGGGUUUUUUGCCCAGCUUUAUUCUAGGUAUCCAGGAAUUGUGGUAGCUGUUCUUCUGGCUCUUCCUUGCUGGUCAAGAAGCUUGUUGGUGUUCUCCAGCAGGUGGAUGUUGAGGAGGGUAUUGUGAACUAUAAGGGAACUCGAAACCAUUUAUAUGAAGAGGGGAGAGCGGGUGUGUCGGGGCAAAGGGUCUUGAGGCUGGCACGCCAAUGAGAGUUAGAAACUUCUCUGUUGUUUACAUUUUUUCACGUGCAGCAUUCCGUGUGGGGUUCACAUGUGGAAACUUGCACUAAUGAACUCAGAAGAAUAUUGAUUGCAUUGUUGUAUCUCAGUCCAAGUGCUUGUACUGCGAUGGCAAUGGUCUCUUCUUGCAAAAUGCUUUUUUCAGUGUGUGCCAAUUUCUGUUUGAAAAACUCUUAAGGUGGUUGAGCUUAAGGAGUGGUAUCCUCUUUCUGGUGUGGUUGGACUGCCUCACCGAGGUUUCCUUCGGAGGGGACUCCCUGCAGGUGAAUUCGUAGGUGUGUUAGUUACAGCCAGGGUACUUUAGAAGAAAAGUUCUCUGCAUAUGGAUUAUGCUGCCUGCCUUCUGUACUUGCUUGCGUCCACACGAGACUAAAGUCAAUGGGGUGGAUGUGUGAUUCGGUGUAGGGUGUGAUCAAGUCUUUGAUACGUACGUUUCAGUUUAUGCAUCACAUAUAUCGAGUGAUCUGCCUCUGGGAGGUUCACAUGAAGCGGGAGAAAGUGGGUAGUCUUAGGUUUUUCCACUGAAGAUGACCAAUAUAGAGCAGGCUGUCUUUCAUCUGGAUUAACCAAAGAAUUUAUUUAGUGGAAAGCUGUGAUCUGCCUUUGCAAGUGCAUGUAUUUUCCAAGUAAAAUUCUAAAGUAAAAUUUUAAGAGUUGAUGAUCUGUGAAGUUCCUCUUGGGCAGAUCUCCAAAUUACAAAAGCAUUGGUGCAAUGCUAGUGUGCACACCUGACACAUUCUCAGUGGAUGAACUAUAGACUGCUUGGACAUUGAGACAGAACGAUUUCUCUGUUCAUAUAUGAUUCACAUUGUCUCCUUCCCUUGGUGAGGAUCAUGCUUUCACCCGCUUCUCAAAGUCACUGAGGUGUCAGGACUGUAGAUAACACACACAUGUCAAUUCAGGAAGUCCUUCAGGUGGGUUUGCAGCAUUAGCAUGGAAGUGGUGCUCCUUGUCUUUUCCACUAAGCACAGAUGUCCUUAUCUGACAGCAUCAGGUACAUACACAGGGAGGCAUCCAUGUGCACCUUGUCAUCUGUCUUGGACACCCAGGGAGCAUUCAUAGCUGGCUGGCUGGUGGUGGAAAUAGCUGGCUCAGUCCUUUGUAGUUGAAAACAAAAAAGGACAUUACAGCCUCAUGUGCUGAAAACUAACCUUUGCAGGAGCUUAGCAUGCUUAAAUGGCAACAUUAAUGAGACCCACUCUUGCCUUAUACCUGCCGUGUCAGUUCACACCUCAUUUCUCCACUGCUUUUGGAUACCAAGAUGCUCAUUUGAACUUAGAUAUAAUAACUGGAACGUGAGCAUAGCAUUUGCAUUUAAAAUAAAGAACAGUUUCCAUGAAUGGAAAUUCAUGCAACCUCUGGAUAUACAUUAAACAGAAUGUUUACAGUAAUGCAAAAUAUGCAAAUGAGACAGUUGAUAUCAAAGGAUUCGGUUUGCUGUGAGUUUUACCUUUCAGUGUUGUAAAUUCCAGAUUACUACCAUAAUAUUUCCCACCCCCCCAUCUUCAUCUACAUAUGCAGGCACACAUAUCUUUCAUAAUAGGAAUCUACCCAAAGCUAGUAUUAAUUGUCCCCCUUGUGCAUGUACGUUCACAGGCUGACAUUGGCAGGUUGGGCCUCCAUGCCUUUCAGAGGGCUAAUGCUGGAUCCCGUCCUGCUGUCUUGCCUAAGCUGGACUACUUCUGGCCAGGUUGUAGGACAGACAGCAGGAUACUUGCUACUUUAAACCUGAACAGUUAACGCUCCAUCAUACCAGACAGGAGAGGAAGCACAUCUCCUAUACUAUGCCCUUUCUUUUGGAGUCUUGUUUUGCAACUGAGUAAAACUCAGGUACAUGAAAAUCAAUCUGUUGUAGUCCUAGUGUAAUUACAAAGAAAAUGGCACCCAAACUGCUUGACACAGCAGGUGCUCCAGUCCUCUGCCAGCGGAGGUCCAUACAGAAAAUCCCUGUUUAUUGCACUAAUGGGCUUUGGUGGUAUUCCAGUCCCCAGCUGUGCAUGGCUUCUCUGUUUAUUCCAGCCCUCUCUCUAGAAGUGGCUCGAUUGGCAAAUCAAACAUAGGUUCAUUUGUUUACUUUAAAGCAGUUGAACAUGUGCUGAUAUGAAGAAAAGGGCACUGUCUUGAAUAUCGAGUAUUUCCAUUCCUUACUGCCGUAUUCCGUAUUUUCUUAUCCCUAUUAAUCUCCUUGAAUUAAUUGAUUGCCACCAUUCUAGGGGGAGCUGCUUGAACUACAGAACUCCCUGGUCACACGUGCUAUCUGAUCGAAUGACUUCUUCAAAAGAUCUCCUAGGAAGUAAUCAAUCACUUUUUUUCCCCUGAUGCUUCUGUCUUGAGCGUGUUUCUCACACAAUAUCGUUACGGACAGAAGCUACUUUUGAAGGUGUACUGUGCAUGUCCUGAGCAGAUUACUUACUAUUUCUCCAACAACCAAAAAAAUAGCUGGUUCAUUGGGUGCAAAAAUAAUUUGAACAUCGUUAUUCAGAAAUUGCUUUCUUAGCCAUGAGACUUUUUUUUUUAAUUGCAUUUUGGUGGGGUUUUAGCUUGGAAAAAUAACCUUUGCAUUAAUUGGUAGGUGACAGACACACCAUAAAAAUAAGUUAAGAGUGACCUAAUAGCUUGAAAAUGGCUGCAGAACCUUCCAAUUUUUUUUUUUUCCUAAAAGAAGUCAAAUACAACACAGUAGCGUCCCAAAAUAGGUGAUUUUCUUUCCAUGUUUAAAAUAAAGGCGGCUCAGUGGAUGAUGCCAGGGGAGCAUUUAUAGGCACUGGGUUGAUCCCCUCCAAAACUGUGCAGGGUAAGUAAACUGUCCAUAUUCAGGUUGGGCCAGGGAUUGUCUUAGUAACAGCAAGGGGUUAUAGCUGUGAUGAAACUAUUGGCAGCAGGCUUGUUCCCCUCUUUUAAAUGAAUAAGGAGCCGCUUUGAAGUCCUGAUUAAAAUGGCUGUAGCCUUAAGCCAGGCAGUUAAGAGUCAGGAGGGGAAAAUGAAAGUGUCUUUUUGUCAAGAGGAUACCACCAGGCUUAAGCUGAACUAGCCUUGUUUGCAAGUGAAGGAUCUGGUGCUGCUUUCAGAUUUUUUAAUCUCGUUUUUGUUUUGUUUUGUUUUGUUUGUUCUUUUUUGUAAGCUUUAAUCACUGUUUGUCAUUGUCUUAAAGCCAGCUGGUGUCUCUUGUUCAUCAACUUUGGUACUAUGGUGCUUUGCAAGGAUGUAUUUAUAUUAUAAUGACCAACAUUUGGUCAGCCCUAUUCACUCAUUCACUAACUUUUGGUUUUUGUUUUUUUUGUAAAAUAAAGUGCUUUACUUGUAAGGUGUAUAUAAACCUUGUACAAAAAUCCUUUCCAAUUAUUACUAUAAACUGAGUUGUAACAAAUGAGAUGUU